AUGAUCAACAAUGUCAACUAUCGGGGAUGUUGGCUAUCAUCUCGCGCUGCCAUCAAAUGUAUGCUUAAGCAAGACCCUCUACCUACUCAUGACGGAAGACCCGGAGUUCGAGGAAGCAUCGUCAACAUAGCCUCACAAUUGGGAGUGGUUGGUCGCCCAGCAGCACCGGCCUAUUGCGGGAGCAAAGCAGCCGUGAUUAGCAUGACAAGAUGCGAUGCUAUAGAUUACUCCAAGGAUCUCAUCCGAGUAAACGCUGUUUGCCCUGGUCUUAUCGACACAGCGAUGACCCGGCCUCAAGCUGAUGUCUUGAGUCCCGCCAUCAACAUCGCUCCGAUGGGACGCAUGGGCAGCCCUCAGGAAGUUGCUGAUUGCAUAUUGUUUCUUGCAAGCAGUAAAGCUAGUUUUGUGCAGGGAGCUGCGAUGAUGGUUGACGGCGGUUAUGUUAUUAAUUAG